GGCGCGCCGGGAGCUGUAGUUGCGGCGCGGGCAGCAGGCGGGCCCAGGGAGCAUGGCCGCCCGCUCGCUGCGGGCCGGGGCUCGGCUGUCCGUCGGCGCGGCGCGGCGGGGCAGUUUGUAUUUCAGGGAGUCCCUGUGUGUCUUCAGCACUGCAGCUCAGCAGAGAAGUACAGGAGACGAGUGUGGGCCAGAAGAUCCCCAUGAUGAGCCGAAGCAUCCCCUUUCUGACUGUGCCUUAGAGCACAAAGCCAUCAAAUUGGAAGAGCAAGUUCGGGAUUUAACUGAGCGAUACCGGAGAGCUUUGGCAGAUUCUGAGAACGUCCGGAGGAGAACGCAGAAGUUUGUGGAAGACGCCAAGCUCUUUGGGAUCCAGAGUUUCUGCAGGGACCUUGUGGAGGUAGCAGACAUCUUGGAGAAGACUGCCGAGAGUGCCGCAGAAGAAGCGGAGCCUAGUAAUCCAAACCCAACCCUACAGAAAAUCUACGAAGGCCUCUCUCUAAUAGAGGCCAAAUUGCAAAGUGUAUUCGCCAAACACGGCCUUCAGAAGAUGAGCCCUGUUGGUGACAAAUACGAUCCGUAUGACCAUGAAAUAGUUUGCCAUGUACCAGCCGAGGGAAUGCAGCCGGGCACGAUAGCACUGGUGACUCAGGAUGGCUACAAACUCCAUGGUCGCACUAUCAGACAUGCACUUGUUGGCGUGGCCGUGGAGUCACAGGAGUGAUGUGGGCUUGCCCCUUGGCACCUGGGACCUGACUGGGCUGGGGACCUCUCAGCACUCAUGGCAGCUGCAGCUGCAUGUCUGUACUUAUUUAUUAAGCUAGGUUUGUAUUGUGCGUUGGCUUCUUUAUAAUGCGUGCAGUCAUUUUGCCAUUAAUUAUAAGGUACUUGUAUAUUUAAUGAUCCUUUUUGGAGUAUGUGGAGUAGUACUAGGAGUUCUGCUAUUUGUCGGAUACGCGGCAUCAUAGCCCCGUUCCCUGAUGCUCAUUUCUCCAUUAGAACUUGGAUAGGGAAGGGGAUGCGAGAAAGAAAUCUUGGCUCUCGACUGCAACUCUGAGACAGAUUCCAGCAGAGGCCUUUAGGCAAGUCAGUCCUCUGCCUCAGUUUCUGUAAUUGUAUCGAGGGAAUAUGAUAAUACUUAUUGACCUACCUCACAGGGAUGUGGUGAGGCUUUCUCCUUGCAGAGCACUCAGAAGGGGAAAAGCUCAAAGGACUGAGUAUUAUUAUCAGGCUGAUCUUGGUAUCUUCCCUUGUCCCCAGGCCCCUUAGGUGGGGGUCAAAAUGAUCGGUGGCUUGGAGUGACAUUUAGGGCCAUUUUUUUCUUAUGUCAUUUCAGGAGAAUAAUCCUGAAUUAAUGAAAUCUCUGUCAUGCUAUAGAUGAAUAGGUUGAGGUUUUAAAGAGAAUUCAGUUGUUAUGUCAGUGUGUUAAUAUUUGUUCUCUAGGUAAAAUUUCAACUUGCCUCCUUGUUCCUAAAUGUAAAACAGGGAGUGAUGGUUCUCGAUAGAGCCAGAAAGCUCCUCUCAGAUCUCUCUUUCUCCAACCAGUGUAUUUUAGAGGAGAGUAAUCUCUCUUCCCUGAUGGGUAUUUGUGCAUCUUUCAAGCAUGAUAAAUGAUAUGCUUUUUGUUGCAGCUGCUGGCGAAAUGGAGAUGCGCCCUUAAGUAGGAAAUCUGGACCGCUUUAUUUUCUCAAGCUCUCCAAUGAUAGCACUCAGAUAACACUAACUUGCAGUUGACAUUCAGAUUCUACCGUUGUGUAGUCAUAGUAGAUGUGAAACCGUUUGGUUUUUUUUUUUUUUGACACAAGGAGAAAAAGUCUUCUCUACAAAAGUCUCAAGUGUCCUUGAAACAAUUUUAGCGGCGGUGACAAGAAAGGAAGAUCAGCAGAAGGCAGGGGAACUGAAAGCUGACCUCAAGCCAUCCUCCUGGUUGGAGGCAUGUUGUUGUCCCAGUAUGGCAUAUGUGUUUCCCAGAGGUCCUUUUGCCAGGGAGUCCAUUUAUCUCAGCUGAAAGGAUGCAGUCACCCAUUAAGAUCAGAAUUUAACCCUUGAGAGAGCAGUAAGCAGUGUAGUGACAAAAGAGUUGUAUAAGCCCGACUGUGGUUUGCACUACAUAAAACCCCCAGGCAUGGUGGUUUUCAGGUUGUUUCUUACGAAUUCCUUAAUUACUGCCUUUUUACUUUCUGGUAUCGGAUCUACGGCCUGGCAGUUAUUUGAGAUCCACUUGCAAAAGCUCUUUAUUGUGGUGAGUGCCAUCACUGGUUUGGAAGAAAGCUUAUUCUUCUCCCAUUCCUUUGCAGGCUUCGGUCGCAUAAUCCUUUGUGAUGGACUUCAAAGUAACAGCAGCCUUCAGUUACCAUCUAUCAGCAGUCUUUCAUGUGGGGAGACUGUAUGCAGAGCACACGCAGUUAAUGGGUUGUCAUUAUAGAAUUUGUAGGAAGGUGCCUGUUUUGAUGUGCUUCACACAAGCUGCUUGGGUGACAUCUACAUGUGGGUGACCCGGUGUGGCUUUGUGCCUCUGAGUAGUUAGGUUCUCAGAGAGGUACUUGAGAUUUCAGCCCUGAGCCAGUGCUUCGUGGCAGCCUCAGAUCACUUCAGAAAACUUCUAGUUCAGUGCUCUUGUUGUAUUGUGUUCUUGCAAAUGUCAGAGUUACAAAAGAACUUGCUGGUGGUUGUGUUGGCAUUGGACAUGCCAACUGGGUGACUGGAUGAUGCUGUUAACCAGGACACAAACCAGGUGAAAUGUGCGGGGUGGCAGUGCAGGUCUUGUUCUCAUGACUGCCUGCAGCCUCUCCUGCAGAAGCUGUAUGUUCAGCAGGAGCAGCUAGGUUCUCCUCUGCCUCUUUGGUCCCUGGUAGAUCAGCUGAGCCAUUUGCAAAUAGGAGGAGAGAGCCAGUUGUGGAAAAGAAUGUGUAAUGUGAAAGAUAAUUUAUAAGGAACUGAACAGAAAUGCAGGUAUUUUUUGUAAGAGGUCGUUUUCACUCAUAGAAAGGCUGCAGCUUACCUGAGCCAUACUUGAAGUAGCAGGUGGCCAGAAGUGAUGGGAUCCAAAGCACCUUUAAACUGACCCACUGUGCAGCCUGACUGUCAAAGUAUGCUACAUCUGCUUGGUCCUCCCUUGGACUGUUUGCUAGGCCUGCCUGUCAGCUAGUAUUCACCCUUUUUUGCCUUAAAGAAGUACCCUAAAAUGCACUCCAGACACUGCCUGCCUGCAGUAAGAGGUUAUUGAUUCAGCUGGUGCAUCUGGGGUCUGCUUUCACUGAGGCACUGCUGUGUGGCUGGAGCAGGAAUCUCGGGGGUCAGGUUCCUGUGCAGUGUUUCUGAGCCCCCCCCUUGCCCCCGUCCAGGCCCAGUUUAAUUCUGGGCAAGCUGUUUUCCCGGUUCCUGCCCCAGUGUUUUAAAUCUGGGAAACUUCUGUAGAUCUCAUUAGGCUUUAUGAUGGUUAUUGCAAGAUGUAAGUAGUGCUUAGAGGCUCUUGCAGAAGUUACCAAAGACUGUUGUUGUUUGUCCUUAGUUUCCUGCUCGCUCUGAAUUGUGAAAGGGGAAUGAAAUAACCAAACCUGGAUUCCAUCGCAGAAUUUACAUUUCCUAGGCAAAAUUGGAUUCUCUUGCCUUUCAAGCACACUUAAUGAUCUCUUAUUGUGGAUGAGAUUGCCUAAGGGUGGAGUGGGUUUCUCCUUUGUCUAGCUUCCCUGUUUGUGCAGAGCUCACACGCGGAGCAGGGUGGGACGAGUCCCUCCCGGUGCUCUGCAGAGUGACACCAAAGAGUCUGACCCGUGAGCUUCUCCCCUCCUGUCACUUUAUCCAAUCGACUUUGGAGUUUGUUAGAAGGGAUGGAAUAGCAGAGGAGAGCAAGUGCUGUGUACCUCUUGCUCGUUUCCGCUUGCUCACCCAGCCAUGAACUGACCUGGGAUUGCAGAGCAGACGUCCCACGUGUGGAUCUGCAGAUCUGCCCCAGGAGGCCGGGCAGGCCUGCACUGGGCAUUGCAGCGCUGUCCCACCAGCAUCUGGGCUGGGAGCAGGAGCAGUGCAGAACACGAAUGUCGCUUUGGGGACCUUCAAUUCUCAGCGCUUCCUCAGCAGAGCUGCUGCUGGAAGAGAGCAGCUGUGAUAAAUCAGUGGCUGCGAGAAUUCCUCUCGUUUUUGAAAACUGUAUUUAAGUUUUAUAUUGUGAAUGUUGUGGGGUUUUGGUUUUUUAAUUUUAAAACGUGAGAUGUUCUGAUAUUACUUGCAAAGUGUGAUGAACAAAGCGUUGCUGAUCUCCAAAAAUCUGAAGUCCAUUUUAGCUGGUGAGGAACCUUUACGUACUGUACGUCAUCACUUGUCUGUGCUGCGCUUACCCAACGGUUCUGGCUGUACAAGAGAGGAAAACUCGAGUGUGGGACCGGUGCAAGUCACUGACAACAACAUUUGAGUUAAUGUUGGAAAGGGCUGAUGUUCUUUACAUGUCCAGAUACUGUCUGUUUGCUAA